AUGAAGGAUGAUUAUUCUGAACUAACAACCUUGGGUACUUCGAGUUCCUCUGCAUAUCGUAAAUUAGUAUUCUUGCAAAAGAGUGACGUUUCAGAACUGUAUACUGAUUUAACUAAUGACCGAAAUGCUUAGUAGAAAAAUAAGAAAUAACUCUUUUAGAAGAGAUUUCAAUGUGUCUAAGAAAGGAAUGAGAGUUUUGAGGCCCAAGACUAAUUGUUAAAAAUGGAAAUCAACGAUUGGUAAGGUUUUUUAGAGAAGGAGCACAAUGCCAUUUAAUAAAUCAACAACGAAGAUAUAACAAAAAUUGAAAUCAAAUCCCCAUUAACAUUAAAGAUGAAGACUAGCCCAAGUGUGGUAAGUCCCACAAAUGAUAGAUCAAAUUACUUUUAUAAGAUGAAACUAGGCAACAAGCAAUUAUCUGUUAUCAGUACUCAGGAUUUCUUGAAAACAGUUCGAUACUCCUAGAAAUUCGAAGAUUAUUCUAAAUUAUAUAAAUAGCAACCACACAAUCUUUACUUAAGUCUAAACUUCUCUUAACCUUAAAGAGUUCCCAAGACCUUUGGUUUGAUUCAAAAUACUAGAUCUUUAGUGACUGCAAAUGCUAGCAGAUCAAUAAAAAAUAGUGAAGAUGGGAAUGCAUUCUCCAAUGCCAUGCUUACUUAAUAAAGCAGGUAAAUUCAAGCAAUGCAAUUGAAUCAUAAUCAAUUCACUCCAAAGUAAUUAAGAGAUAUCCUACUUACAUUUCCAAUCACCUUGAAAGAUUUGGAAUUACAAAAUUGCAAAUCAAAUCAUAUGCAUAUGGAAAUUUUGAUGUCAUUCGCGGGGAAAAACCAAAUUUAUAAGUUGAACCUUGAAUGUAACAAUAUUCGGGAUCUCGGAUCACAAAUAAUAAUGAAACAUCUUCUCAAUAACAAUACAUCAUAAUCACUCAAUCUUCAUCAUAAUUAAAUCACAGAAUGUUCAAGUACAGCAAUUUCGAAUCUCUUAAAAUAGACUCAACGUCUCUUAGAAUUGUAUCUUGGUUACAACUAUCUAAAUGCAAGUGCUGGUACAACCAUCUGGAAAGCCAUGUACAAAAAUACUAGUGUUAAAAUAUUGGACUUGUCUCAUAACAAUAUUGCAUCUCUUGAAUGUGCUUAAUCAAUUAACAAGGCUGUAUCCAGACCUUAUAAUGAAUUAUUGCAUGUAGAUCUCUCUUUUAACAAAUUCACAUAUCCUUAAGCAUAAAUCAUAGCAGAUGCACUUCAAAAAAAUGAGACCAUUUAUGGUUUUCAUUUCGAAGGCAAUUAAGCUGAAUUGUGUGUCAAUCCCAAUGGAUUUUUGAUUAACAAUAUCGUAUACCAUUCGUAAUUAAAAGAUAAAUUGACUCAACUCUACAAAUAACCACAAUAUUUCAAAUUGCUGGAAGAAGCUAAAGUCGAAUAAACUCAUAUGAGGCGAGAGGAAUCUUUGGUGAUGCCUUUUAGCAGAUCAAGAAAAAUUCGAUCGACUAAAUUGAAUGUUUAGAAGGUGAAUGAAAUAAAUAAAUUGGAUACUUGUUGGAUAUGUGAAGGAUGGUAAGAAAUUAAGUUUGAAUGGACAGCCCAUAAAUCUGGUAGUUUAUACAAUGAGCCUAUCUUUAUUCAUUUUGAUUUUGAAGAUUAUCGACCUUUAUUAAUGACAUUUCUUAAUAAUGAGUUCUUUUUUAUUAAAAUGUGUCCUCCAAAUAAAGAAAUACAUUACUUCUUUACCAAUCCAAUACUUGGAGUGCAACAACCAGCUAUGGAUUAAAAUAUUAAGAAUAUGUAAAUCCAAUCAAUCCCAUUUUUGUACAAUGAUGAGAUCCUGGUUGAUGGGAAUAUAAUGGAUUAAGUUAAUGUUUUGAGAACGACCAAUAAACAACAACUGUUUGACAAGUAUAUGCCAAUGGUGCAGUGUAAGCCUAGAGAACCAAUGGCUAAAUUUGAUUUUUCUCCUUAUUUGAAUAUAAAAAAACACAGAUGGUCAGUUGAGAGUUCAAUAUUUAAACAUUUUCAACCAGAUACACCUUAAUUAAUUGAUGAAUGCUUUGAAUUUGAUUUUCAGAAUUCUAAAGUCACUCGAUUGGUAAAAGAAACAGAAUUAUAGGAAAUCAAAGAGAAUUUAAAGAUUCUUUACCGUCAGCUCUUUCACGUAUACAAAUAUCACGCCUCUGGUUCAUUAGCAGCUCCAAUCCCAUGCAUAAUGAUUUAAGACUAUAUCGACUUUUUAGUCUAGGCCUCAUUGAUGGAUGGAUACAAGACUAACGAUAUUGAUAUUAGUUUUACGUCAACGACUGCAGCAAAGGAUGUUCCAUUUCCACAAGCAUUUGACAAGGGAUUGGUACGUUGCUAAUUGUUGGAAAUAAUGAUAAGAAUGUGCAAUGAUAAGUAUAUCCGACAAGGGAUCUGUACUACCAUGACUGAGGCUAUAACUCUAGUUACCAAAUAAGCCCAAGAUUACUUUGCAAAGUUCGAUUAGGCUUAGAUGUGGAGAAAGAGUAGGUUAUGGAAUCAAAAAUGCGAUAUCAUACUCAAUGAUCGAUUGGCUAUGUUGAAAUCUCUAUUUAAAUAUAUAUGCAAAUUGAGUAAGAAGGAUAAGCAGGUGUGCAAAUAUGAUUUUAUUUCUGUAUAGGAUUUUAAGGAUUGGAUUGUGCAAUCGAAAUUAAUCUGUGAUGACUUGAGUGAAAGAGAAUGCUAUCUAAUUUAUUUACAAUCAAUGAUAACUCAAAAGGAUGAACUCUUUUCCAGCAAGCACUACCUGAUGAAUUUUCAUGAAUUCAUAGAAAGCGUAGGCAGACUUGCUGAGAGGUUAUCCAUCAUAAGGGGAGACAAACCUAUCGAUAUAGACGAUAGAAGAUCUAAAGAACUUACAUCUAAAUUAGAUGGAUUUCUAUUGUAUGUUUACUUGGUUAUAGGAAAUGAUAUGAAACAAGCAUUGCCUCCCAAUGAUACAGAUAUACGAGGAGUAGAUAAGUGUAUGAUCAAUGAUUUUAAAUCUUUGAAGUAGAAAUUAGAGGACUCGUUUACUGAUGGAGAUGAACCACCUUACGAUCCCAGAGUUGAAUUACCGCAUUUAUCCAGCUAAAUAACAAAUCUCUUGGGAAACACAAUUGGUGGGAAAAAACAAACAUUAAGAUAAUAACUAAAAUAAGUUAAAAGAGAGGAAUAAAAGUUCUCUCCAAUUAAUUUUGUUUAGUACUUUAAAAGCAUUUAAUAAGUUCAUGUGGAUCAUGAUGAUUGA